GGCAAUGCGAUGCUCGAAAUGAAAUACCCGCGGCGUGAUUUUGUGGAAUUCCAGACGGCUAUGCACGCUGCCCAGGCCAAGCAGUCACUGUACUUGUCUUUCACGAUCUAUUACUAAACCGCUGUCGUUGUUGAGUUGUAUAUAACGUGACCCAGUGACGGUCUGUUGUUAAAGAAGUGUUAGAUUUGACAAUGGCCUUAGCGAGAGUUAAUCGUUUAUGGCUCGACCAAGUUGUGGAUAGAUCAAAACAUAGCCAAUGGUAAGUGUAGAUUUUUAAUGUCUAGAAAACCUUGUCAGUAUUAAAAACACACUUGAUUCAUUUGACCUAAUUUUCAAACAGGCCCAUGGCCUAAUUGGACUCUGCGGUUGAAAUACUUAGACACAAGUAAACUAAAAGCUACACUAAUCAAAGUUAAGGGGCCAGUUCUUCUCUAUUCAUAUCUCACAAAAUAACAGCAAAAAUUAGGGAACACUCAUUUUCUUCUGACAGAGAGAUGAUUUAGAGGUGUUUAAAGUGCUGACGGCUUAAAGCCGUUUAUAAGAACCGACUGACAACAAAUUGCCUUCCUCGAUUUCUUAUUGUCGUUUUGUAGGAUCUAUGACCUUGUUUUCAGUCCCGAUGGAUCUUGCAUUCUCGUGGCUGCAGGAAACCUCAUUUUGGUGAGUGCAUUUACAAACGGAUUAAAAAAAAGUAAAAUGCCGCUCGUAAUGAUUUUAAUAUGCAGGUUCUUCUUGCUCGCGUGUUUGUACAAUGGUACACUUUUGUUUGACAACUUCCCGUGACUGUCAUCUACUUGUCAUAAUUUCAUAAAUGUUGUUGACUGAUUAAUGGAUCAUCGCAACAGAAUCUCCUCGCAACACGCGAUUUAUUAGAUCCGCUCUAAAGAAAGAAAACUUUAAUAGUCGAGCUCGAAGCACGAAAAUUCACACCAGCUUCUGAAAUGAAUCACAGUUUUGUUAGAAACAGUCAUGGUCUCCUGCGAAUGCACAUUGAAAGUCGCUUUUCGUCGUGCCUUAAGGCCUAAUGCCAUGUGCCAUUAUCUUGAUUAAAGUGAAUGUCUGUAGCUUUUUGGGGUCGUAGACUUAGGAACCGGGGAUAGCGGUCUCCUAUAUGUGCGGCAUACGUAUGUGCCCUCUUAGAGGGUAUAGUGUUUAAAACGUUUUGGUCUGAAAACGAGUAUAGGCUUUGUCCAUAAUCGUGUGAAAUCUGGUGUGGUUUUCAGGGGAACCAUGAGGGAGUAUAAACGUAUUUGUCUCAGCUUUCAGCUCCCAAAAGACCGUUUUGUGUCAAAGUACCAAAUAAUAGAAAGUUCGUAGACAUUCGUGAAAAAAAUUAUUCUCUCAGACAAGAUAAUGGGCUGGCAAAUCAAGUAUAAAACUUUAAAAAGUCAGGUAUGAAAGUCGCGCGAAAGGUGCUAUCCACUGGAUUACGCAAUUGGUUUCCCUAAUACGUAUCCGAUGGAUAGCGCUUUCCAUCUUUUGAACAACCCGGCGCCAGGGGCCCGUUUCUCGAAAGUCCCGAUAAUUAACGGGCCCGGUAAGCUGUUGCCGUUUACAUUAAACGUCGAGGUUUCAAUAGUUUUACAUCUACCGUGAUAAAACUAUCAGUUAAUGAAACAAAAUGGAGUAGUUUGCUAGCCAGGACAAGCGCUCUUAUUCUUUAAAUUUCGAUUUGAAUAUUUGUUUUCGGGCCCGAAAAGUUAGCGGGGCUUUCGAGAAACGGGCCCCAGGUCUGAAAAAGGGUGUGGAUCAGGGUGAGUGGAGAACCUUAACCGGGUGGUACACCCGGCACCCUCACCUCAAACCGCCCGAGAGUACUCGCCCGGGCGUCCAUUACAGUAAGAGCCACAAGUAUUAUGGGUUAAGAUAUAUCUUCGCCGUAACGUUUGUUGAAUUUUGGAUACUCUUGUAAACUAUGUCGUGUUCACCAACAAUUCGUUUAGGCUACCUUCACAAGGCACUACCGGGACGAAUUUUUCACUGGCUGAAAAUUCGUGCAACUAGGUCAGUCAGUUCCAUCCAUAUGGAACCAACUUAACCCACGAAAAUUUAGAAGCUUAGCGGUUCAAAGAUCGAAAGAUCCGUGUGAAGAGCGAGAAAAUAUUGAACUGUCUCCGUGUCAACAAAGUGUCCUGUCAAAUUCUUCAGCCGGGCGAAAAUUAGUCCUUAUUAGUUACCAGUUGAUAGGAGCAGUAAUGGGCUCCUGCAGUUGACUGAAAUUUGGCGACGGUACAUUCUAAUAAAUCGUCGAUCGUUGAAUUAUUAUUUUUUUCAUUUCCAGAAUUUUGUUGGAUGAGGCGUUUUUAUUGAAAUUAACCUUUUUUCUGUCAUGCUUUGUGUCUUCUGUGGAUUAAACCCAGACAGGGGGGAGUUUAAGAGGCAGUAUUCACAGGCCAAGGACUAAUGGGCAGCUUCUUUUCAGGGGCUCCCAACGGGAAUAUAGUUCAAAACCACUUAAACAUAGCAUUGUUAAACGUAUUUUAGUAUUUAAACAGUAGAUAUAGGCAUAUUUUUAUCCCCUAAAAUUUUUUCAUCUGUUCGGAUUUCCUAGCUGAAAGUCUAGUGAUCCUGAAAUUAUAGGGAUCAAAAUUUACCUUUUCGAAAAUUUCAGCCAGAAAAAAGGCUCCGGAAAAUUCUGGGUGACCUUUUAAGGGUAAAAAUCCGUCAAAAAAGGGCAACCAUAGUAGUUUUUAGAUGUUCGAAAAUCCUAGGAGAGGCAGGCAAGCAAAAAAUUUUACAACAAAUGUUCCGAAAAUUCUAGAUCUCAAAUCGUCUUCCGAACAGAUAUUUUUCCGAAAAUUGUCGUUGGCUGCCCCUGUCUUUUAUCAGAUCUCUUGAUAUUUUCAGCUCUAUAAACCGCGUGUCCCCAAUCCUGAACUCCUGAAGACAUUUCCCCGUAUUGCCCUGUAUAAAUCCCUCUACCUUUUCACGGAUCUUGCUGGGUCAAAAAUUCAUACUUGACCUGCAUUCCUAAGGUCGAGCGUGUACACGGUAUAGUAAAGUACGACCUCUUGCCUUAUGAAGUUCAUGUUGGUCUGUACUGUUUCAAAAACGAACUACUGCAAUGACAAUAAGGGAUGAAGGAGUUAUGAGUAUCGACUCCAGAUUUAUACCUUGUCUGGAAAUGAUAGCUCUCUAUUCCGUUUUCCUUUUUCUAGCUUUCCGAUCUAAUGUUUCUGAAAAGCGAUCAAAAAUAUUUAAAAAGACCCGUCUUUUUAAAGCGGCCCUUUACAGUAGUGAGGUAUAAACUCCUUUGCGCACUCAGGUGCAGGACGGAAAAAUAACAAAACUUGACAUUGUUCUGGGAUACUUUUAAGUGAGGGCAACACAGUGAUAACAAACUUCCGUUGGCCAGCAGCCGAGCUCUACUUAUCGCGCCUUUAAUUUAUGGCUCAAACUCAUCGUGCUAUGAUUGGAAUUUAGACCUGACUUCUUAGGUUUCUGCGCAAUAGCUUGAUAGUCAUCGUAAGAGACGCGAAACAGGGGCGGUGAGAACAGAGCUUCUCGAAAGCGGAUUGCAUUAAAACGUUUCUGUCAUAUUUACAUACAAAUACAGUGCAUCGUGAUGUGAAAGGUUAUGAUUAUUGACCGAACUUUUAUGUCUCAGGAAGUCGAGUGUGUGGUGGGGCUAAGGUCACGGUAAAAUUAAGAGGAAUUGCCGCUAUCUAAAAACGCUAAAACAUUACCCUGUUCUUGUAAAGCUCGCCUUGUUUCAACAAAUAAACGGCUAGGAUACAUUUGAUUUUUUUUCUGUUCUUGGAUCGCAGAGAAGAUAAGUUUUUACUCCAUUUGGUUCGCUCCUUUUCUUGCUAUAUAUAGAGGCAUUUGAUCUGCCUCUUGUGCUACGCGCAGGUGGUACGGAUAUAGAGAAAGAAGGCAAUUAAUCAAUUUUAAGGUAGAAAAGUCAUUAAAAACUUAUUACUUGUCAGAAAAUAAAAUUAUCGAUAAAUUAGUCCAUUCAACAACUCUUCUGGUUUAUUUCAUUCCUAGAUGGAUAAGAACACAAGUAGUGACGUUUAUUAAUUGUUAAAAAUCUGCAAAGCGUUGAUUGGUGGUAAAAAUUUCGAUUCAACAACACUCCUGUUUUAUUUCAUUCGUGCGUAGAUAAAGUAGAUUUCGAAACGUUAUCAGCAAAAAACCAUGCCACAUAAAUCAGAGGACAUCAAGUCUCUCAACAUAUGUCGACACAACAUAUAUCACUUUUGCUACAUGAAAAGUCGGCUUUGAUCGUCUUCUUUUGUAUCAAAAUCUAAGGUGUAAGGUGACAUCUUGUUUGUCAAAAACAGCUUCUGUGCACGUCAAGACCCUUUGCACAUGAAGUCAAACCAUAAGAAGCGCGAACAACCUCUUAAACCACCUUUGACCUUACGACAAAAGAGGAGUUGAAAACGCCGCCUAAUGUAGCUUGCGAAAAGCAGACGUUUCUCCUCGCUCAUCGCCGCGGAGGCGAUGAGCGAGGAGAAACGUCUGACGUUCGCAGGCUACGGCUAUGUCGUUUUCGUGAGGAUCGAUAGACCAAAACGGAGGUUUUCGGUUAUCGACGAUGUCAUUCUUUUACACAGCGCAUGCCCUGUAAGGGAUACUCUGGUAUUUCCGUCGUUUGGGCGUUUUGGGCGAAAAAGAUUUGAAUACCCUUCAAGUGGACGCGUAAUUUUUCGAAAACGGAGAGUUUUAAGACAUCCAGAUAUGUGAAACCUCGUACCCAGGGCUUUUCCCUCAAAAAAGAAAAAGCCCUGGGGACGAGGUUGAGAUAUGUGCGGACGAAGGCUAAGCAGAAAGGCAAACAAAUAGCCUGUGAAAACCCACCCUCUCUCCUCAGAAAACAUCCGAAAAGAGGAAGCUCCGAUUUUUCUGAAGGGGAGGUAGGGGGUGCUGUACACAGGCUAGUCAACAAAUAGACUUUAAUGGGGUAGGGGAAAGGGGGAAGUAUCCUUCCUUUAUGAUUAUAAACUCAUGUCCUAGAAUUUCAAGCUUUUGCAUGCUAUUGGGUUAGCUACAGGGGUCACUGCUUCAGGACAUAAUUCGCGCUUCUCUUUUCCUUUCCCUCUUUUGCUCCUUUCACGCGGGGUAAGGCCAACCUUGUAAACAAAGAGAAACAAAAUUGAAUGUUUCUUAAUUAGGGUAAUGUUAUCAACAGGCGUCUUAAAUAACAAAACUGAACCAUUAUUUUUGAAAUUUAAUUGAUGCCAACCUCGUCCCCAGGGCUUUUCCCUAGAGAAAAUGGGAAAAGCCCUGGGGACGACGUUGAAUUGAUGCGAAAAGAUAGCAAUUAGCGUGACAUGGCCCCUUUCUUUCAGAGACCGGGACAUCAGACCGAUGCCAUGAUGACAUAACAUCUGCAUAAACAACGCUGCUUUAGCCUGCGUAGCAGGCGCUUGGAAGUAGUGGGCACAAGAAAAAACGGGCGCGCGAGAAGAAGACACGCGAGGGGAGAGGUGUCUCCCUCGCGCACGCCCGUUCUCUCUUUCGCCCACUACUUCCAAGCGCCUGCUACGCAGGCUAACACUGCUUUUCUUUUCGCUUUUUUUUUCAAGGUUUACGACACAGCUGAAGGGACCAUGGUGGACAUGUUAAAAGGGCAUAAGGACACAGUUUAUUGCUUGGCUUAUGAAAGUUCUGGUAAGACAAGCGAAGGAAAGUCUAAAAGACUCUUAAAGUAGAAGAAAUAUUUGUAAAAGAAUUAUUUCUAAAUUAUAGGAAGAAAAUUUAAGGUUUAAAGAAGAUUUAACGUUUUUCAGUGUACUCUUUCAGACCGUAUGGUAUUUGAUGAAUACAAACUUGACAGGUUUAUAUGUGUAUACUUAUUGCGGACCUACAACAAUUAUUGGCUAUAUACCACAAGUCGCCUCGAACCUCGAGUCCUUUGUUGAGUGUUAAAUCCGUGUAAUCUGUAUUCUUGGAAGCUCAUCUGCUGUAUAGCCUCUUCGCACUGUAACUUGAAUUUGUGAAGCCUCUGGCAUUGUUAGGAGCCCAUAAUCCGGAGUGAGAACUCCCAUACUAGUUCUCUGUCACCGCGCUUUCACGACCAGUUUAUUUUUAGAUACAUUUAAGAGCACUUUUUGCCGCGAAAAUGGAUGCACCGCUCCGUUGUGAAUGCAUUCUUGUAAGAUAAGGCAACAUGACGUUUAACUGUCCAAUUUCUGUUACCCCAUGUUAAUCGUAAUCCAAGGAGUCACGGGAUUUUUCGUUUUGCAUUCAAAAAACAUUUUCUGUAGUUUCGUACCGAAGUCGAUCCUUCAUCCUUGCCCAGUUUUGGUCAAUUCUUACCCAGCUUUUUUUCAACUUCUUACUCUUCACUAAGAAAACACACGUUCUUUAAUAAUCCUAAUUUAAUUUCGUUCCUCGCUUUUAUAGUUAACUUAAAUACGCUUAUUGUAUUUCCAGGCUUUCGAUUUAGACUAAAAUGGGUUUUUAGACAAUACGACUCAGAGGUUAUCGAAUUCUGGGGCUUCAAUGUCGAACGUGAAAUGAAAAAAAAACACUGAAGAUGAUUUGUAUUUGUGGCUAAAAGACGACAUAAAUGGAUGGAUGAAUGCAUGAAUGAAUGGUCUCUACACUUGUUUUGCUCGAUUUAAGUGAAGUGACGGAUCAGUCAGUUUGGGAAACGAAUGUGUUCCAAUUUUCUAAAUUACCAAUUUAGUGUACUGUGCACUGUAUUGUACGCGUAGUAAAUCGAUCAGAGAGUAAUUUCUUUCCUCGUCGACUUUGAAAAAAAAAUUUUGCCAUCCCAUGAAUCCCUUCGUGUCUAGAGUUUCGUUUACAAUCCCAUAAGUCUCUUCGGUCGUCUGAAGUUUUUAUUUUGCUUCUUCCAUCAUGAGAGCGCUACCAACAUGGGUCGAUAAAGUUCAUGAUAAGGAUAGAGUCGAGCAAUGGUGAGAUCUGUGAUAUAUUCAGACAUUUUUCUUUCGUACGAUUCAAUUCUGAUAUGAAAUCUUUUCGCACUGCAGUAUUUACGACCUCGCAUUCAAGCCAGAUGGUAGUCAGCUUAUCGUUGCUGCUGGAAACCGCGUUCUGGUAACUACAGAUUUGACUGAAAAUUUUCCGUAUAAAUUAUACAAUUUUGGUGAUCGUUUGCCGAAUAUUUUCCUAGGUUUACGACACAAACGAUGGAACACUUAUUCAGCCACUUAAAGGCCACAAGGAGACCGUGUACUGUGUGGCUUAUUCCCGGGAUGGUAAGAGAUCUGCUAGAAAUAGUUCGACCUAAUUCGUGAUCAUUUUCCCCAAACUGAUUGAUCUGUCUCUUAAAUCGUGCAAAACUCGUGUAGAAAUUAUUUUCACUGUUUUAUCCUAUUUUCUUCACGUUCGACAUGCAGUUUGAGAAUUUGAUCGCCUUUUAUACUAACUUACAAUUUAAUUGAAGCCCCAGAAUUUUGAUAACCCCUCUUGACAUUUCAGGAACCGCAUUGUCUAGAAACCCAGAUCGAACGCCUUCAGAUACCUUAAGCGAAUUUAUUUUUUUAUGCAUGAUUUUAGUUGGUUAUGUCUUACCAUGUACGUUAGCAGUUUAAUAUCUUAAAAACGUCUGCCAAAUCGAUUUAAUACAUGGAUACAUUGUAUAAACAGCUGUAUUCGGAAGAAUUCCAAAACAAGUUGAGGUUGCCCCAUUUAACCUUUCUGAUCGCUAAAAUAUCAAAAAGGAGAAAAAAUGUUAAUGGUGCGGGUUUUUUCUGUCAGUCUAUUAAGAAGUAUACCAGGCACUUGAAUAGUCCCUUUACGUUAUUACUGCUGAAGGAGUUUCAUUUGAAUGGUCACACCACAUGAUUUCAUCAACAGUCUCAAAUGUUAGUGGGAAAGUACUGUUUAAUGAUGUUGAAUGAUCACAAUAACAGACUUAAAAAUAUUGGGAUAACAUAACAGUAGGUUUUCCUGUUAAUUGAUUAACUGAGUGACAUGCAGUGAUUCACACAGCAUUCCUCUCUCUGAUAUAGGGUUGUGACCUCAACUUGUGGGGCAUAGUCAUGGAUAGUCAUAUAGAUAAGCCACAGUUGACUUUUGGUUAAUUCAGUUUGUGAUAGCAAAAUCAGAAGAUUUUUCAACUGGGGUAGAAUAACACCAAAAAAACAUGUUUAGCGAUCAGUCACCAGUUGUUCAAAGGGUGGAUAACAUGAACCAAUGGAUAAAUCUCUAUCCACUGGAUAGCACAAUAUUAUUGGUUAUUAUUAUUAUAUUAUUGGUUUCCCUGACACUUGCUACUCACUUACCCGCUGGCUAGUGAUUUAUCUAGUGGAUAGUGCUAUCCAACAUUUGAACAACUGGGAUCAGAAUUAAGUAGUAAGAAAAAAUAGCAGAGGCUUUGCAGUGCUCUUGGAACCAUCCAGUAGUCACUGAUAUGCAGCCUCAUUUUGGUGACGAGGCUGCAAUUAAGCACUAUAGUUUAACCAGCUAGACAAUGGGUUAAGAACUGGGCUAUCUUACUGCUGUUGGUCACGGAAGAAUAUUUUUUGCUGCUAGUGGUACAGUGGAACCCCUUUAAUAUGACCACUAAUGGGUAAAAAAAUUUGGCUGUAUCAAUGGGGUGGUUGUAUUACUGGGGUGGGGUCAAAUUUGUCUGUUGAUUGCAGAGUAAAAGUGUUACAAUCUUUUGUUUAUUACAGGCAAAAGGUUUGCAUCUGGUGGAGCUGACAAGAGUGUCAUCAUUUGGACAUCUAAAUUAGAAGGCAUUUUAAAAUACACGUAAGUGUUGUAGUUAAUGUUUUAUCCCAGGUAAUUUUUGCUCUUUUUUUCGGUUUUUGGGUAUGGUAUAUAAUGUAUGUUAAUGAAGUUGAAACAAAGGAGAGAUAAAAAUUACCUGAGAUAAAAAAUUAACUAUAACAUAAGCAACAAAUUUACAGUUUUACACCUGCUAUUUCUGUGUUUGUACAUGUUAUGAGCCCUCAAUUAAUUUUUUUAGCUUCAAGAAGUCACCAAUUUGAAAGAGGGUGCACUAAUUCAAACAUCUGUGGUAAUUACAAAAUUUUAUUGUUUUAGACAUAAUGACUCUAUCCAGUGCCUUGCCUACAAUCCAUUAACUCAGCAACUUGCAAGCUGUACCUCCAAUGACUUUGGUGAGUGUGUUUGUUAUUAUUAACAGCAAGCUUGCAGUCUUGCAGCAACCUUAAUUUAUUGCAAGAUAGGUUCAUUCAAACAUGGGUGGUAAAACAUGCAGCAUCGCUUUUCAACACGUUCUGCAGCAAUGUUGAAAAAAAAGUUGUAUGUUUUUGUUGCCCAUUUUAUUGUAGCUUUAGAUUCAUUGUGAAGGUUUCUUCAUAUUUUUGUAAAGGGGGACUUUCUAACUGAAUUGAACCUGAUCAGGAAAUAGUAUGUAAAGUGAGUCAAAGAAGAUCAGAUGUAAUGUUGCCUGAUCCAAAUUAAUCCAAACGAAAGAGUCUAAGUAUGACUUCCAUCAUCAACAUCGUGUUAGCGUGCAACGUUUUGAAACUUGUUAUAUGAAAAACUCUAUUUCUUACAGAGGAUCCAUUGUUUGGAAUCUUUUAGAACCAUCCUCUGUCAGCGCCAGGGACUAUGCCAAAAGGGCAAAAAAGUCUCAUGCCCUCAGAAACUUGAACUUUAAUGAAGAGUCACCGCAAAUGGGUCGUCCCCAAAUUGACAGUGAUUUCAUCUUUUAUUAAUUCUACUCAUAUCUUUUAUUGUACAUAUUUCACCUUUUAUGGACUACAUUUAAUUUUAAUAAUUUUUAUUAUUUUAUUUUAUCAACAAUUUUUUUUUAUUUUUUAUUUUAUUAUUAUUAUUUUUUAUACGGCCCCAUAAGCUAUUAUUAACUUUAAAACCCGCCAUGUUUAAAUAGAAGAUGUUGUUGUCGUUGUUGUUCAAAGGAAGCCAAUGUUGGAGGAGUUAGGCCUGGUCAAACACUGUACUUCACGUGAGCCGAAUCAAAUCCGAAUUUAGGGCAACUCAAAUUACUUUAGCCAACUGAAUUCAUUCAGUCAAUGAUCUUUGUUCUAGCUGAACUAAAUUCAUUUGGUUUGGCUCGUGUGAAGUUCGGCAUCUCCACAGCCAUUAUUCUGGGCUGAGCCUGGCAUGAUGAACGACUGAACACAUUCCUAGUGUAUUGUACAUGUACACAAACAAGUAUUUCUGUGUGUUUCCAAAGGUUUAUGGUCUCCUGAACAAAAGUCAGUUCAAAAGCAUAAAGUGCCCUCUAGGGUAACAGCUUGUAGGUGGGUGCAUUUGUAUAAUAUUAUUACGAGAGUCUUUUAGCACUGAUGACCAGAAAAACUAUGUUUACAACUUUUAAUAGGGAACUUGAUAGGGCUUCUGAUUUUUUGUGCGAUCGUGGAGCCGAACUUUUCAGGAACUUUGUUGUGUAACCACUGCUGUGUGUGUGCUGUGUGUCUUUCUUUUUCAGCUGGACAAAUGAUGGUCAAUAUUUGGCCCUUGGACUUUUCAAUGGAUUUAUUAGUAUAAGGAACAAGGUAUAAAAAAGGAGUUUCUUUUUUAUCUGCUUUUUUCUGUGUCUGUAUUUGCACUUACAUCUGUAAGUCACCAAUGCCAUCAUUUAUUAUCAAAUUUUGAUGUAAUUUACUGAUGCCAAAGGUUAAGUAUUGCUAAUAGAGACCUUAAGAUCAAGGUUUGGCCAUUUUACUGCAAACGACAAACUGCGGUUUGCGGUUAACGGUUUCACAUUACCCAUCUGCCCAUAUUUGGGACUUAAGAUUCGCAAGUGGUAGCUCGCAGCUGCCAUGUUUGUUUUCAUUCAUCCACUUUCUUCUUUUUUAGAGCCUGAGAUAUUGGCUCCAAAAUUGCGUUUUUUGAAAUAGAAUUCAAUAAUCAAUAAACAAAAGAGUUCUAAAAAGUCGUAUUUCUUCUCAAACACGGGGUUGUGAUGUGUUAGGGUGCAAAAAACCUUGUAGUAAAAUCACUUACCGCUGGAGCAUGGUCUAGGUGUACAAACGUGAACCUCAAACCACAAACCUGACAGCAAAGCCCUGAUCAUGUGACUUCUUGAUGUUCGCAGUUCGUGGGAAAUGCCGAAAAACCUCAAUCUUAAGGUCUCUAAUAAUUUCUUAAUUUCUUUGGAUUUUGUUUAGGGUGGUGAAGAAAAGGUUAAGAUUGAGAGACCAGGAAAUGCUCCAGUUUGGACACUGAGCUGGAAUCCUUCCAAGUAAGUUAUUAGGAAGCAUCAACAUGUGUGUACCCAUUCCGCUACUUUGCUUCCAGGGUGCUAAAUAAAGGAAAUACAAUCUAAUUCUCAGUUUUAUUUUUCAUUCUGUGGAUAAACAGGAGCAGGCAUGGCACUUUGUAGAGAGCUCUUGCCCCCAAGCUCUGCUUUGUGUGAAUUGCAGCAUUGUCAUCGUAACUGUAUGACUGGUUGAGUUUGUUGUUGAUUCUCUUCCCUGCUUCAAGAGGUAUUCCUCCAGGUACAUGCCCUGGGUUUCCUCUCUCAAGCACCAGCUGUACACAUAACCCGAAUUGAACUAGAAAAAGUGUCUUCAGUUAGUUGGGCAUGGCACUUAGAGAUCGGGGUGCUCUGGCAGUGGGGCGGGAAAAGAAGGAGACAAUAAUUAGGAGAACUUGCAACCACGUCUCUGGAAUUUGAAUUCCACCUCAAAUGACGUCAUUACUAAUGUCAUCUCUUCCAAUCAGCAUUUCGCAUCGACUUUUUUGAUGCAGAUAUUCAAAUUGCAGAGAGGUAGUUGCAAGCUCUCCUUCCUUUUCCCACCCCGCCACCAGAUUGCUGUGGAGAGUUUGAUCUGACUAGUAAUUCUCUUUUCUGGCUGCUAUUUUUACUUUAUAGUAGGGGAAUUUGGGUUUAUAUCAAGAUAACGUCCUCUAUUCUCAUAACCUGUCUGCUGGGCAAUGUAGUGAUAUUACAAGAAGUUACAUGUAGAUCACUUCUGUGAGUUCAAGGGUGAAGUGUAACCCUCACUAAAUGAAGUUUUCUUCACCAUGAUAAUUCCCAGUUUUAUUUUAACAGAGAAGAGCCAUAUGACAUUUUAGCUGUGGGUGACUGGUCACAGAAGCUCUCAUUUUUUCAGCUCAGUGGAAAACAGGUUAAUAUUAAUGUUUUUUUGGUUGCCUGUGGUUUUAACUCUACCUAAAUAGAAACAUUGAAUUUACUUGAAGUUGAACAGGGGUUGCUGUAUUUGCUUAUGACAAGUUACUCUGUAUGCAUCUAUUAAAAGUGGAACUACACUAAAUGAAUGCCACAUUUUGCUCUGAGUCAUGCAUGUUUGCCACAGGUCAGGGGAAAAAAAUUUCUUCAAGGUCAGGGAAAAGUCAGGAAAUUUCACUUCAAUAAAGUCAGGGAAAAUUUAAGUCUUUGAAAGAAGUCAGGGAAAAGUAAAAUUUUAAGAGUACAUAUUUAUUAUCUUCCCUCUACAUUUGUUGUUUUCUAACAUUUAAAGUUCUUUGGUACAUUUUAUGGACAUGAAGCGUGUUGUAUUCAUGAAAUUGAACAAUGAACUGAUGUUGGGUUUUCAUUGCCAUCCUUUUUGCACAUCAUGUUAGGGAACUAUUGUUCACGCACACUGCACGACUGAGUUGCUGAAAUCAUAAAUAAAUGGGUGGAGACAGUGGCUGUGAGGGAAGGAUGGAGGCCAUUAUCAGGACAAAUUUGAGAAAUUGUUAAUUCAUUUAAUCAGGGAAAUUAUAUAUUUGUCAGGGUAAAGUAGGGGAAUUUUGGCGGGCAACCAUGUCAUGUGCACAAAUCAGCUUUACUUUAAGGGUGUCAGGCAGUCAGCUCUUCAUAGUUCUUAAUGGAGGAAAAGGCUUCUUUGCAAAGGAGUUUAGAUACGUUUAAAUAAUAAAUUACAACAGUUGUUUCUAACAAUAAUUCAUUAUUUUAACAGGUUGGAAAGGAUCGCCACUUGGGGUAUGACCCAUGUUGCUUAAGUUUUUUCUCCAAAGGUGAAUACCUUGUUAUUGGGGGAUCUGAUAAAAAGGUGAGUUUUAGGCAACAUUCACACUAAUUGAUGUCUGGGCAUGGUACCCUAGUACGAUAAUCGUUGGGUACUAAUGUGAAAACAUAACAAAUUAUUUUCUACAAAGUAGAUGUGUCAGGACCUCUACUCGGAAAAGGCCCCCUGUGCCCCAGGGGGGGGGGCCCCCAUAUAAACGGGAUAGGGAUGCUCAUGGGAGAAUUCAAAUUAAACCAAUAGACCAAUUUGGGUGUGGUUCAAGCUUAAACUGACCCCUGAGGGAGAUUUCUGUGUUGUCAGUGUCAGGGCAUUUUUUGUAAAUUUCUUUAUGCACAGUCCUAAACGAUACCUGAAUGGGCAAAUAUGGUGACUUCCCAUCCCAAACAACCUAAGUGAGACCAAAAUCUGCAAUUUGCACCCCAAAGCGAAACAAUGAGCAUCCCUGUCACUUUUAUAUGGGAGUCCCCCCCUGGCCCCUGUGGUGUUAUUCUCAUAAGCGACCACAAAUCUGUGUAUUUUGGGUUGUUGCCCGUGGAACGUUUGACUAUAAUAGAAUUACAGUGAUGCUUAAAAAAGGUAAAAACAUGAUGACACUGUUAAUGUACCAAAGGACUAGCCAUUAAUCAUGGCCUUUUUGAACUGACCUGUUUAAGAUGUUUUAACAUCUGUCAUUUUUUUCAAUCUAUUUUUCCCUAGUGCUCUCUCCACACAAAAGAAGGAGUAUGCCUAACGUCUAUCGGAGAACAGCAAAGUUGGGUUUGGUGCUGUAGAGUCAGACCUGACUCUAACUAUGUGGUAAGAAUAAUUAGAUUUCUUCAUAUGAUCUUAUAGUCUGUUGUUGUUAAGAUGAUGAUGGUGAUGAAGAUGAUUAUUAUAAUAGAAAACUUUAUAUUGGACUAUGAGUGCAAUAUCAAGUUUGAGUACGACUUUAAAACUAAUCAAGUCACCAGAACUCUCACUUUUCCUGGUAGUGACCAGCACAUAACACGAUGUAAGAGAUAAGAUUGGUUUGUCAAUAUUAUUGAUUACAUGAAUCUAGGCCAUGUGAACUUGGUCUGAUAACUCUACCAGUACUCAAUCUCAUACUCAUAGUCCAGCCUAACGGCCUCUAAUGAGGAUGAUGAUGUUGGUGAUAGAGGACGAUAGAGUAGUUGUGCUGCUGAUAAUGAUAAGUACGAUGGUGGGGGCAGUAAUAAUAGGUUGUUAUUAGUGAUGAGUUGGUAGGGGUGUCAGUAGUGGUGGUAAUGAUAGUGACAGUGGUGUUGUUGUUGGCAGCAAUGCUGUUGAUGCUGGUAAUGCCACAAGGGAAAACAAAUGACUUGCGAUGAUCCGAAUAAUGAUUCCUACAUGGCAAUGUCAAAAAUAACAGUGAUGAUGAUGGUAAAGUGAACUCCUGUUUUUUUUAUAAAUUUUUAGGUGGUCAUAAUUUCUGUUCUUUUUUUUUCAGGCCCUGGGAUGUCAAGAUGGUACAAUAGCAUAUUAUCAACUUAUCUUCAGUACUGUUCAUGGCUUGUACAAAGACAGGUUCGUUUUUGGCAGCUGGAGAUAUUUUUAAAGGGGCCAUGGCUCGAGGAUGUUGCUGUUUUAGAUCAAUAAUUCUGUGCUGCAUUCAUUAGUUGGUGCCUUAACCCAUACACAAAAAUUAAUGCUCCUGUAGUGUUGUGAAGAAGAUGUCUAUCAAAUUUCACCAGGGAGCAGUAAUCAUAAUAGUUUUUGGUUUUUUGCAUGCAUAGUAUUACAACUUGAAAAAGCUAGUGCUUCAAUCCAUGUCCAUCUUUGCCAUCGGUAGCAACAGAUAACAGGAAAAUUUUCAUCGACUGAGUAUAGUAUUAAAGUAGUAAUAUAACCAAAGGUUAGGGAGUGGGGACGACAACGAUCAAAGGUCAAAACGCUUUUGCUCCGUCGCUGUGCUUUGCAUAAGUUUCAUGUGACAGAUGGUCAAAACACGCAUGAUCAGAUUACGAGGGGUAGAAGGUCGAGAUGCUCAUGAUCAAAGCGUUCUGUGCAUUCCAUUCAUUCUUAGUGGAAGUCCAAACGAGUGCUGGCUACAUAGAUGCAAUGCAUGAGUUAUGAAAACCUGGAGAUUAGGAUUGUGCGCUCCUCUUGUCGCCUACAAUAACAAAACUGGACCAUGAUUUUUAGAAUUAAAUGAUGCGAAGACACAAUUAAGCCUUGCAAAGAUAGCAAAUAGGGUGACACAGACCCUUUAACCCCCAUACUUGCAUUUUGUCUUAGAAUAGUGAAAAGUGCUUAAAGGCAGAUUUCUGUUUCAAAUGCUAUUUUAAAAUUCAACUUAUUCAAAUUUACAUUUUGACCAAAAGUGUUAAGUCCAUGCUGGAUGAACAUGUAGGUUUUUAAAAUAACCCAGAAGAAUGCACUGCUUUUGUUUCACAUCUGCAAUAGUUUAGACCUUCUUCUUGGAAAAGGAAAAAACGGUCAAGGCUCCAUCUCAGUGCUUCUCUUGUAUGACUCUUGCAAGGUAUAUAAGAACUAUCAGGGAUUAACAAUCUCUGGCUGUGAUAACCAUGUACAGCCCCCCACCCCCUCCCCGAAGGAAAGGAAUGGCUGAACAUGCACAAUCCAUGGUAGUGAUGACCCCAAGUGUCUCUAUGUCUCAUGGGUUGUGUGAGUAAGUAGGGAGGGAAGGUCACCUCACAUUGGACAUAUAAAUCCUGUUUUAGCACACCCCCAUUGGGUAGCUCUGUGCCCAUUAGAGCUGAUUAAGUGGAGUAUAGAAUACUAUGUUGCUUGGUUUUCAUGUAACGGCAUUAGUAAAAUUAUGAGAUCAUCAAUCUUCCUCCUGUGUUCAAUAACAGAUAUGCUUUCCGAGACAACAUGACAGAUGUCAUUAUUCAGCACUUAAUCACAGAGCAGAAAGGUAUGUUACUGCAGGCAAUUUUACUUUAUUGUAAUUGUGUAUGAGCUUGGGUGUCAACUUUUUUAUUUGUUUCACAGUUCGCAUCAAGUGCCGUGACUUGGUAAAGAAGAUUGCGAUCUACAGACACAGACUGGCUGUAAGUAUUGAAAUCAUCUGUUCAUUUUGUCUGCUGAUCACUUGUUCUUUCAAACUAAGUCUGUUGGUCAGUUGUUCCUUUUUAGACAUUUGUUCUCUCACUCAGCUCUUUGCUAUUGUGUUCCACAAUUGUGUUGUUCACUUGUCCAUUUUUGCUUCUAUCAGGUCCAAUUACCUGACAAGAUUGUCAUUUAUGAACUGAACACAGAUGAUAUUUCAGACAUGCAUUAUAAAGUCAAGGUACAUUUCUGUCUUUUUUGUAAUUUUUUUAUUAAUAAACUACUAAAAAAUGAUUUUUUUCUUUUAGGUUUUUUAGUAUAGCAUAACGUAAUAUAGUAAAUGGUAAAGAGUAAAGAAUUUCCCUCUUAAUUAUUAUUCUCAUUUUUAAGGACAAGAUUGACCGCAAGUUUGAGUGUAAUCUUCUUGUCUGCUGUUCCAAUCACAUCAUCCUUUGCCAGGUAAAAAUGAAAUUUUCAAAGUUUCUGAGAUAUUUGUUGGUUAUUAUAAUUUCAUGGUGAAUGUUUAUUAGAAUUAUUAUAUGCUUGUAAUCUUAGGAAAGAAGACUCCAGUGCCUGGCAUUUACAGGGAUCAAAGAAAGGCAAGUAUAAGAUACGGUUGAUAAUGAACCUACAUUAAAAAGCCACUGUUUAAGUCCCAAAAUAGCUGUAGCAAAGAAUGGUAAAUGAAAUCUCUAUUAAGCAGUCACCUCCAUCAGGCAGCCAUGGACACCUUUUGGCCAUCCUGACGAGAGUUAUCCCAUUGUUGUCACCUCUACUAAGUGGUCAUCAAGGGCUUGAUACCCCACACAGGGCUUUCACUAAUUAAGAUUUCAAGUGAACAGCCGGGGAGUUCUGUUGGUCUCAUUUUUCUUUUGUUUUCUAAGAAAAUAGCCAGGGAAAAUUCCUGGCCCCCAGCCCUUAUUGACAGCCCUGCAUUUAGUUAAAUUGCUUUAUUUCAAAAAUAGUUGUUAUGAAGGGAAAUACUUGUGUAGUCCGCAAUAGAAGGUGAGGACUGAUUGUGGGCCUGUAGUGUCGUGAUUCCAAAAAUGAUGUUUCUGCUGAAGAUUUUGCUAUUUUAUGACAAACCUCCAUUCAACGGCCAACCUCCUUUAAAUGGCCACUUAGCGGUACCCCAAGGGUAGCUUUAUGGAGGUGUAACUGUAUUUUUAUUAUUUUAUUUUAUCAACUUCUCUAAUGGCACAUACAAUUAUUAAAGACAAAUUUACUUAGAAAAACGUAGUUAGGACACCACAACAGCUGUACCGGCCCAAUUUUGUCUAUUUUUGCUUGUUCUUAUAAUACUUCAAAAGGUGCUAACACCCCUUGUUAUAUUUUAUUUGUGACAGAGAAUGGGUAAUGGAGUCACUUAUUCGCUACAUUAAAGUGAUUGGAGGACCCUCUGGCAGAGAGGGACUUCUUGUUGGCUUGAAAAAUGGACAGGUACCUUUAAUUUUUUUUGAGUUACGUUACGUGUUGAAUAUAACUUAGAAUAAAAUUAUCGCUGUUAAAAGAGAAUUAAUGCUCUGUCUAAAAUGCUCAGUAUUGAGCAAUAAUUAUUGACCUGUCUAGAAUUAAAUCAAUGGGUCAAGAGAUAAGUGGCAGUCGCUGGUUAUUUUUAGUGGUUAGUUUUUAUGUAGCAUGCAAGGAGAACAUGUGAAGUUAAGGGGAGAGGAGUUUUUUCCUCUUUAGUGGUGCAGAACCUCAACAUGAUUUUCUCCCUUCGCCUGAAAAGACCAGUGCCAUAAGUAAAUAAGCUUGAAAUGAAAGCUCAUUGCUGGUUUAUUAUGCUCCUUAAAAAGAUUUGGAUGGCAUAUGGACUCCCUGUUUUUCGGAAGAAAUUUGAAAAACGAAAAAAAGAACAGUUUAAAAAUUGAAUGUGUUUGCUCUGAGUCAACCCUUGCCAAAAGUACUGCCAAAGAGGCUGGUUUAAAUGUAAUAUGGUAACAUCAUAGGAUUUCAUCCACAGUUUCCAAAAUUAGAGUGAACAAUAAUCUUGCUAUAACUUGGUGGAGAAUUUAAAUGGAUAAAAAUCACAAACUUUGUGGAAUGUAUGGAAAAAAGAUUUAUGCUUUAAGUGAUGAACCUGUAAAUAAUACUUCCAAGCUGCUUUGUAUUUGCUGGUAAAACAAUAUUGCAAAAUUUAAGGUUACAUUAAAAGUCUCUAAUCCAGACAAUAUUUCAAGAAGCUGCUAACUUUUAAUGGCAGGUGUUUAUUAUUGAUAGAGUUUCUUGUUUAUCGUUUAAUCAGAUCAUGAAGAUAUUUAUCAACAAUCCAUUUCCACUACAAAUCCUGAAGCAAGAGACAAGUGUUCGAUGUCUUGACUUGAGCAGCAGGUAAGUUACCUUACCCCUCAAAUGUGACUCUGAACUAACUAGCUUUAUGUAUGAACAUAUUCUUUUUUGAGAGACCAAGUGUGAGCUCAAGAUAGAUGAGUAUUAGCCAAGUUCUUUUUUGCAUGUCUAUGAACCCAGAAAAAUGCAAGGUCAAUAAAAAUGCAAGAAAGAUUGAGGCGGUUCGACAUCCAGUCAUUCUGACCAAACAGACUUGGUCAAUGAAGGAUUUAUUAUUAAUAUGGCUAAAAAGAGAACCAUAUCUUUCGGUGCCAACAGGGGAAAUCCCAAGUAAGCAAGAUGGGCACAUCUUGCCCACUCAGAAUGCCAAUGAGAACAAAAGAUUCACUUCAUCUUGGACACUCAUGCAUUCAGCCAUACAAUAACAGGGCCAGGGAUUUCCCCCAGCUACUGUGAAUGUGGUCUCUGGCUUCUUUCAUUGGAAGAUAGAAGAAAAAUAGAACCAAAAGAAAUUCGUAGCUGUUUGAUUUGCCACCUACUUGUUGUUUUUACCUGUCAACUUGAAAUCUUAGUGACGACCCUGUAAUAACGUAUGUUAUGGAUCAAUUGUUUUCCUCUUGGAUUACUGGCCAUAAAACGUUCUUGUAACUUACAGUACAAACUUACUGUGAUGUGUAUAAAUUGCCAUAGUGUACCAAGUUUAUUUAGUCUAUAGUUGACCAGUUAAAAUGUUUUCAAAUUGUUUUGUAGCCGUAAUAAGUUGGCUGUGGUUGAUGAGAACAACACCUGUCUGGUUUACAACAUCAAGAACAAUGAGCUCCUUUUCCAGGUAGUGUUUUGUUUUAUCAUAGCUCACUUACUAUCUGUCUGUUUUUAUUCAAGCCUUUCAUUUGCACAGAGAGCAAACCAAUUCCUGUAUGAAAGUCAAUAAAGAUUUCAAGGCCAAACCUUUACUCACUUCAGUUUUGCAAAAAGUCUUUCAGUUCUCACACACAACUGUUAGCCAUUCCUAUCCAAAUCAAGCCAAGGUGGGCAGGGUAGGUUAGGCCAUGGUAGAUGGCAACAAAACAAACUGGCCCUGGUUGUUCAAACGUUGAAUAGCGCUAUCCAGCAGAUAAGUAUUAGGGAAACUGAAACUGGGGCCUGGGCCGGGUAGUUUGAAGCUGGGUUAAGAUAACCCAGGGUUAAUGCGAAAUUUGAACUCAGAUUUGAGAGCUUUACGUUUAUAUUACGUUUAUUUUGUGUCAAUUACGUUUAUUUCGUGGCAAUUCUUGCUUAUACUUAUAUUUUAAGUUAGCAAGAUGUUUUUCAGAGUUGUUUUUGUAUUAUAUGAGAGCUUAAAAAGCAAAUUCAGUUUAGUUCUUUUUGCCUACAACUUGAUAAUCGGAUACUUUAAAAAGAAUAGAGAAAAUUAUCCGAGAGAAUACUUUGUAUAAUAAGAAAAAAGAAACCUGGGUUAGCGCUAACAGGCGUUCGAACAACUGGGCCCUGAAGUUUAAAUUCGCCUUUGUCCUGAAGACCCCCAUACACUCAGCUGUGGGUCAGAUAUAAGUUUUUGGCUUCAUUCGCUCCUCAGUGAUAUUCAAAACUAGUGAGCUUUCUUUCAGGCCACUCAGGCAGUGUAUCAGUCCACGCUUGUUGUUUUUCCAUGCUUAACAGUUGCCAAUUUUUGUGUGACUUUGUUCUUUAGGAGCCGAAUGCUAACAGUGUGGCUUGGAAUACACACAAUGAAGUAAGUUGGUAUCAUAAGGUGUUAGUCUAAGUCAUAAGAAAACUUGGAAAAAAAUAAAGCAUUUUAUUACAGGGUAGAGGAGAAGUAGCCUAUGUUCAGACCCUCUCUCCCCGCGGGAAAAAUUGGAGGGAAGAGGUGGUUCCUCGCCCCUCACCCACGCUAACAUUUGGAGGAGCACCUUUAUUUAUUUUUAUAUUUCAAUCUUUUUCAGGACAUGUUGUGUUUUUCUGGUGGUGGGAUGCUGAAUAUCAAAGCUAGUAAUUUUCCUGUCCAUCAGCAAAAACUACAGGUUUGAUUUCAACCGUUUGAAACCAUGUAAAAAUACUGCUGAAAAGGUUUCAUUUGAAUGGUAACACCAUAGGGUUUCAUCCACAAACUCAAGAGUUAGAACUACAUACUAAUUAAAUAGUACCAUGUGAAAGUACUGCUGAAGAGGUUUCAUGUGAAUGAUCACACCAUAGGAUUUCAUCCACAGACUCAAAAGUUAAGACAACGUACUAAAUAAAUAGUACCAUGUGAAAAUACUGCUCAAGAGGUUUCAUUUGAAUGGUAACACUGCAGGAAUUCAUCCACAGACUAAAAGGUUAGAACUACAUACUAAUAAAUAGUACCAUGUGAAAGUACUGCAGAAGAGGUUUCAUAUUAAUGGUCACACCAUAAGAUUUCAUCCCCAGACUCGAAGGUUAGAACUGCAUACUAAAUAAUUAAUACCAUGCUGAAGAGGUUUCAUUAUUUUGAUAAUUUUACAGUAACUGAGCGAAUCCUCGCGCGCUGAUUGGUCUAUAGCUAUGGUCUAUGAGAGUGUAGACAUCAAAAAUUGUGGUCGACUUGUUAAUUCGUAACACCAUGAGAUUUCAUCCGCAGGCUCGAAAGUUAGAACAACCCUAUUAGACGCCAUUAUUCACACUCUGGGAGUUAAAGGGUUAAUGAAAUAUUUACAUUUUUUCAAUUGUAAUUUGACAUUGUUUUACAAAGAAAACCUUACAAAUGCUACUGUUUCUUGUUCUACACAUCAGGGUUUUGUGGUUGGUUUCACUGGGUCUAAAAUAUUCUGCCUUCACGUGUACACCAUGUCAGCAGUUGAAGUUCCACAGGUAUGAUAUGAGAGACAUUAGCUAGUUUAAGAUGCCACGAUUGCGACAACAACGACAGCUCUGCACGUGCAUCACGCUUUUUUUGUACAAUUCUUUGCCGUCACUGCACGACUACGACGGGAGAAUGCCUACCGUAAAUCCUCUAUUAAGCCCCCCUCUCAAAUAACACAAGCGACGGCUAAAUUGUCUUUCUCUUUCUGAACGUGAAUAUUGUUUUUAGGAAUUCGGUUCAAAAAGAGUUUGCUUGCAUUUGAUAAAGUAAAUCAGUUGGAGUAAUCGCGAUAGAGAUUGAAAGAACGCGAAUUCACUUUUUAAGCGAAGUUCUCGUGGCCGUCGCCGUCGUGGUAUCUUAAACUCCCUUUGACUUUGAGAGCAAGACUCUCAGUACUAUAAACUAGUGUACGCACGUGAACCGGCGUCAUAUUGGCGGGAAAAUGCUAUAGCUAUCAUCAUUUUGCUACGAGUUUUUAGUGAAGCGGAAACAAGUUAUUAAAUGUUAGGAGUUUUAUCAUUUUGCGAUGGGGAGAGGGCUUCAAUAAAAAUAACCGCGUUAACUUUUCUGAUGAAAAAACAGGAUGUCUUUUUUUUAGAAUACACAAAAAAGUCAAAUCUUGUCCUCAGAAUGUAAAGGUCUCUUCUAACUAAUUUAGUAAUGAUUUGUCCGUGGUUUGUUGAAGCUUCAGUCAUUAUUUAGUUGAACCAUGCAUGAGUUUAUUGAAUGGUCUUAAAAAACUUUCCUCUAGAUCUGUCCAUUUUUCAAACAAGUCCUGGAUUUCGAUAAAAACCGUCAGGUAUCACUGUUUUAGGUAAAAUCCAUUCUGAGAUUCUGGUUUCAUUUAUUCUGACAAUGGAUUUUUAACUUGCGACGUCCCUGAUUAAAUAAGUCACUUUUAUGAUAAAUACUAGAUCUUUUGUAUUUUACUUUAAUUCAACAAAAAUUAACCGUUUCUUAUCUAAUGUUUCAGUCCGCUCCUAUGUAUCAGUACCUGGAGAAGAAACUGUACAGGUAAUGAAGAUAGCAACAAACGCGGAUGAUGCUAUUGCGUUUGAUAGUUGCAAAGCUUUUUGGCUUCGUACAGCUUGUUAACAUUUCAGCCAUUUGUCAUCUACCAUUUUGACUUGAAAUGCGAAGAUUCAAUGAUAAUAUUUAGGAGCGGUAACCCUCUUUUAAGUUGGCAAGUUACCACAGUCCAGGAGGGCAAGUUACCAGUGAUAUGCGGAAUUGGAGGUCAAGAGUUCAAGCUACCAACUAGAGUCUUUUAAAAAACAGUUAAGAUCAGGCUAGCGCUGUCAUCCCACCUAGUAUCCACCAUUGAUAUGUGCUCAUCCGAGCCAAGUCUCAGCCGUUGUAGGACAAAGCUCUCAGUUAUUUUAAUUUUUUUUCCUGAGCAUUGCCUCAGUCCCGGCGAUGUAACCCAGGACCUCACCCUCCGCAGCAAAUGCUCUAGCAACCGAGCUACCCUAAAUCCUUUAUUAAGCCCCCCCCCCCUCAAAUAAGCCCCCUCCCCCCUCCCCUUUUUAGGGAAAGAAAGAUCAUAAGCCCCCCUUCCCUCCCCUAAUUAUUCUUCAGUAAUAAAUGAUAGAGUGUACUGAUCAAUCACGACUGUAAAACUUCGUGUUGACUUAUCUGGGAUGGUUUAUUCACCAAGUGGAAGUUCGGAUUCUGAUCGUCGGCUGCAAGAGCUAAAACUUCUUGUACUUGAACUGUUCCACUUUGUAUUCUAGUUCUUUAUGGAGAACUGAUACCAUCGUCGUUUCUAAAUUAAAUGAGCCUCCCACUCAAAUACCCCCCCCCCCCACUUCUCCCUCAAAUGGGCUUGAAAUAUAUAAGCCCCCUGUGGGGCUUAAUAGAGGAUUUACGGUAGUCCUGUCACGGUUCAUAAUAGAUACACUGUAACUGUGGAAAUUUACUUUUCCAGGGAUGCCUACAAAGUUGCUUGUCUUGGUGUAACUGAAGGAGACUGGAGAGCACUCGCUAUGGACGCCCUUGAGGUGAUUUGUUUUUCAUGGACAGCAUUCAUCUUAACUUUAUAGCAGGUGGCAUUAGGUCAAUGGAUUUCAACGCAGUUUCCCCUGACUUAAAUUCAAACUUUGAUCACUAUGUAUUCAAACAGCCAAGUGGUUGUCUCCUGCCUUUUAAGGAUUUAACUUUUUUAUUACUUUUGAACGUUACUGUACUGUCAAGAGUGAAAAAGUCAAAUUCAGGGAAAAACAUGAAAACAGCCUUCAUUUUAGGGGAUGCCAAAAAACAAUUUGUGUACUUCUAUUUCCAAGGCGGAUUCCGACUGAGAUUUGUUGGGGUUUUUACCAUUAUUUAUUAGCAAUGAUCCACAUUUUUCCUUUACAGGGCUUGGACUUUGACACAGCGAAAAAGGUGAGGUUUGCAUUGUAAACCUUGAAUAUUCUUAAUAUUUUGAAAAUAAUUCUUAUCAGUUUUACCAAGAAGUGUUUGUAAUUUUCCCUGUAUAUGACAGGACUCUAAACCUACUAGCUGAAGUAAUUGUUUUGUUAGGUUCGCCAAUUCUUGGCAGGGUCGCAACAGCGCAUGGCCCCAAUUAAUGCGGGUCUGUUACAGUCCCUCCACCACACCGGGGAAUACUACUAAUGUUGUUGUAAAUUGUAACUUGUAAAGAGACAUACCCUUUUAGGUUGUUAAGUUAGACAUUUGAAUAAAGUUUGCUUAUUUGCCAUGUUUAGGCAUUCAUCAGAGUUCGGGACUUGAGAUAUCUGGAGCUUAUUCACAACAUCGAGGUUAGUUUUAGCGAUACUAAAAGUUUUGUUUUGUUUUUUGACUCGUAAUUUUUAACAAAACACAAGGUGCAUGAUUUUAGAAUUCAUAUUUUGUGGUUAGCUUCCUGUGAAAGCUCAGCAAAACUGGCUUAUGUCUUCCUCUGUGAUCUGUUUUGUUUAACAGGAACGUAAAAAGAAAGGGGAAACGGAUGAGCAGGCGUUUUUAGCGGAUGUGUACGCAUAUCAGGUUUGUAACGUUUCUGUUUCUAGUACUUAGUGAUAUGCCAGCUAGCGAUCCAUUACAGGAUGAAGGAAUCCAAGACUGUCUUGGAUUCCACGCGGUGGAUUCCGGAUUCUAGGUACUGGAUUCCAGUAUUUGUCAGUGGACCUUGGAUUUCGGGUUCCAAUCGUUUGUGGUAUUCCAGAUUCCUUGUGCCGUAUUUUAAUAGCAAAGAAAGUGUCGUCUUCACCCGGGAUUCCGGAUUCCAGAGGCAAAAUUUUCCCGCGUUCCGGAUUCCUCGGGCAAAAAUUUCUUGGAUUUCGAAAUGGAAUCCCGACUCCCUUACAUCGGGAGAACAGCUAUGUCACGAUUUUUUGUUACUUUAAUUAAAACACAAAAAAGCACUUUGCAAUCAAAGAAAACCCUGGAAAAAUGGUUCAGUUUUAUUUAAAAUUAAUCUUUUACUAAAUCUCAACUGUAAGUGAAUGUUUUUAGCUUUUGAUGGCCAGGAUGAAAACGGAUUACAAAUUGAAAAAGAUGGGCCAGCUAUAUUUCAAGUUAAACUCUUGUGUUGUCAAAAAUGACCAAAAAUCGAUCAUGCUUUUCUUUCCCUUUGAUAGAGUCAUUUGAUAUCUUUCUUUUAAAGUUCAUAAAAUGAGAAAUGAUGACUGAGAAUACUUCGUUAUAAUCUCAGCGCAGCCUGGACCAAAAAUUGUGAAACUUGCCACCCUUCAAGCUGUUGGGAAGGACUCUAGUCUUCUUUUGGGGUUCAAUUUAUCUUCAUUGAUUUUACAAAUGAGGACAUUGAAAUUGCAUAAUAUUGACAAUCUGAUGUAACGUGAAGUUCACGUAAAGGGUGAGCUUUAGACACUAGUUCUUUUUACGAUUUUUGUUUCAGGGCAAAUUUCAUGAAGCUGGAAAGCUGUACAAGAAAACUGGAAACGACGAAAAGGUUUGUUGGUUGCAUCAUAAAGUGACCACCCACACUGAAAAAAAUUCCUAACUAAGUAUUUUAUUGUAUUUUUCUUUUUUAUCUUGUUUUGUUUUUCUAGGCGAUGGAAAUGUUUACUGACCUCAGGCAGUUUGAAUAUGCCAAGGUAGAGAACUACGUUUUUUUCAGUUCUCGCUUUAUUCUUUUUAUAAUUCAUUUAAACUCCUUUAUGUAUUGACCUAGGAAAGGGGUCGAUAGUUUUCCAGUUGACAUAAGUGCUAUAGAAGUUGUGAUAGCCUUCUGAACUGUUUUUGUGUAUAGAGUACGUGACAAAUGUUUUGGCCAAAGAGAAGACAACACAAAUUGUAAUUUUAGAACAACAUAAGCGACCAUCACAAGGAUCAAAAUAAUUGACGUUUCGGGUCAAAACACUUGAAUCUCUUUUACUUAAGCUAACAGCAAACCACAGAACUCUUUUGGUUUAAACCAUUUUAACAUGACCUUCUGCGCUGCAAAUGUUUUUCGUUAUUUUCUCAAACUAGGACUUUAUCGGAAGCAGUGAUCAAAAGAAUGUCAAGCAGCUUAUCAAGAAACAGGCUGAAUGGUGUGAAACGACAAACGACCCCAAGGCAGCGGUGUAAGUAUUAAUUAUCACUGGAGAUCUAGUCACAAGAGAUGCAGUCAGUUCACUAAACCAGUGAGAGCUUCAAAUAAUAACGCUGGUGCGUGGCGCGGGAAAACGCCAAGUCACUUUUGGUUCAUUUUGUUUGGUCAUCUGGCCAAUAACAGCGCACGUAGUCUAUUUUGUGAACCAAUCAGAAUUCAAGGAAAGUACAUUCAUGUCGCCGGCUCCCGAGGCGCGGGAAAUGAGUGCGAGAAGGUCGCCAUUGGUUUGCUCUGACCAAUCAGAAAACAGGUAGUCAAUUCCGUGAACCAAUCAGAACACGAUGCAAAGACAUUUUGCUGGUUCCAAGCGUGGGAAAAUGCCGGCGAGUUGUGGUUGGUUGAAAAAGUCUUAGUGGCGCGAUUUUUUUUUUUGAGCUAAUCAUAACGCGCAUCAAUGUAAAUACUGGAGCGGCUGAAAAGAGUGAGGCAGAAGAACCUUAUUCAAAGUUGAUUCUUUGUUUCUGACUUUUUUUGUCUGUCUUCCUUUCCAGGGAUAUGUUUCUUGCUGCUGGUGAAAACCUUAAAGCGAUUGAUAUUAUUGGACAGAAUGGCUGGGUAGAAAAGUAAGCUUAUUUUCUUUUUUAUCCAAGCGCAUUCAAGACUUAAAAAAACAAAAUCAAUACACGGUAAAUUGUAGUAACUAAACGUGUUUUUUGUGCCACCUAGGUUGCUAGAAGUUGGUCGCAAUCUCAACAAAGCAGACACUGAAGGUCUGAAGCAAUGUGCCUACUACUUUAAGCAGCUUGAUCAGGUACAACUUUAGGAAUACUCUUUUUUUUUUUCGUAACAAAAGCCACGUGCAUGUGAAAAUCUAGACUUAUUACAAGUCGACCUCUCAUAAGUUCUUCAAAGUGAGCGAAGCGAGCUUCAAUGCAUGAGGUCGCGCAGCAACAGAGCGAGCGACGAAGUCUCCAGGUCGACUUGUUUCGCCUGAAUGGAUUUGAAUCAUAUUAUAGAUUCACGCGGGAAAAAAUGAUUGACAUAUGCUGUGUCCGGAGUGGUGUGAAAUAUCGCUCACUGUCCUAUUGGUCAGUUAUCAUGACGUCACCGGCGGUAUUGAAAGUCCUUUAAAAUGGCAUAACCAACCAGGAAAAAAAAUCAAGGACUUUUAGAAAGCCCAGUGAAAAUCACAUCAUCUUUUCAAGUUAAGGCUAUGUUCAUAAUGUGAACUAUAUGAUACGAAAAGGUAUCCGGUAUAGUACGAACACCUAUCCGAUAUGUGACUCUCCACUUUAGAGACCGGCGAGGCGCAGUUUCGCUCCGUUAAACAAAUCGCGCCGAAAUCACCGUCCUUAUGUAUGAAUAGAAACCCUUUCUGGUAUGGUUUUCGUACCGGCGCAAAAGACAUCCGAUAUAGUGUAAACACAGCCUGAGUUAACCUCAAGUUAUUUUCUAAGUAUUGUUUCUCGCUAAAAAUCACGUUAUUCCACGAGAAAGCAUUACAUAACUAAUUUAUCCCAUCCACUCUUGACGACACAAAAUGUACCUCGACAUUACAGGUUAAUUGGAAGAAUACUGAAUGUCCAAAUAAUGUUGUAGACAAAAUUGCUUCUGGCUAAAUUUUUAGAAUGAAAAGUUUUGUCUGUCGCUAUCUGCUCUGUUUUCGGCGGGAAAAUGCGGAGACCGCAAGCAUCGCUGGGAAUUUUUCGCCAGUGAAAUACUGCCCGUUGCAUACAGCAGAAUAUGCAACCGGUGUAUCGCUUUCUGAUUGGCUGUCUACUUUAUGGCAUGGGAUAAAAGACAAUAUUUUGGAUGGGUAGGUGAUCCCGGCCAUAAGCUGAUGUACAGAUCGUGAAUAUGACCAGAUGCUUGCAGUUGCUUGUUUCUUUAAUCUUGAAAUACUUUUUUCCUGUUUUGUGAUCAGCAUGGUUAUGCCACUGAGAUGUACAUCAAGAUUGGUGACGUCAAAGCCUUGCUUGAGCUGCAUGUUGAAACAAAGCACUGGGACGAGGUAUGACGUCAUCUAGUUAAGACAUAUGCGUGAUACAGGCACAAAGAUCUAACAUUAUCACGUGUUUACAGAAAUUCAAGAGAUAGAGACGAGAAUGUUAAGCACUUAAUGACUGAUAUCGAGGCAGUUAAUUGUGCUUACCGAACGAAAACUGACUAGUUUCUUGAGGGACCAGUCAUUGAGGCAUCUGUACAUAGCCCACGAAGAAAAAUUUCAACGUGUACAAAUAUCAGCGAGCGGUCAACAGUCGCGGGUAACGUUGCACUGUUACCCCUUGACGUCGUAGACAGAUUUUGUAUUGUUGUCCGCUCAGAUACUUUUGGCAGAAAGCAGUUUUAUUGUUAGAUGUCAUCUGACCUCAAAGUAACUAAUGAGAAUGUACAUUGUUAGGGAAAAAUGUCUAGCUAUGUAACAAAUGUUACGUUACAAGCUUAGUCGUCGUUGUUGGAAUCUAACAAGUGCAAACCUUACAAUUCCUCAGCGCCCGUUUCUCUUCCUCUGCUGAUUGACUUUCCUGUCUAUUUUCAGGCUUUUGAACUCGCUGAAAAACAUCCAGAAUUUAAGGUAGGAUACUUUGACUUGAAGAUUGUUUGAAGGGAAUCUAUUUGUCAAUAAUGAUAAAGAGUCAGUCCCUGAUCGAUGAUUUUUCGUUUGUUUUUGUUCAGGAUGAAGUUUUCGUGCCGUAUGCUAACUGGUUGGCCGAAAAUGACAGAUUUGACGAAGCACAGGAAGGUAAAAGAGAUUGUGAUAAAUCAGUAGCUAAGCUAAUCUAGUUAUUGGCCGUUUGAGAAAGGGCCGGUGCUGUCGUGAUUUAUAUUAUGGGGUUGCUUUUGGGCACGCUCUUUGAGUCAGUUUCCUGCACAGCCUCAUACACCGUAUUCACAAAUGGCGGACACGCGGGAAAAAACUGGUGACUAGUCAUGAAAGCGAGGCGUUGGAGGAUAAACAAAAAUUGCAAAUGAAGACUUUCAGUGAACUUGCAGAGUGUUUUAGCACGGAUUCCACCUAAAAUAACUUUGUACGGACUUCUUUUUAAAUACAAUUAUGUGGGAUGUCUUCUGCUUUUAAUGUUUAGUAUUGAUAAAGUAUUGAUUGCUGUUUGCAAUCAAAAGGGACGCGUAUAUCUUCAAGGAAACAGGAUUUCUGGUUUCCGUAGCAUCAGAAGCUCGAUGGCUGGAGAAAAGCGGCAAACAUGUUGGUCCAAACUUCACAGUGAAACCGAGUACGAAAGGCAGCUCACGGCAAUUCGGUAAAACAGAAAUAUAAACAAAUCUUGGUGGCAAGAAAAAAAGAAAUAAGCGACGGAUAUAUGGCCUCCUUGUUAACGCAAGAGACGUCUGCCAUUGAACAAAACAGUUCAAGUCGAGAUGGAAAAAAGGAAGACAGGAAAGAAGCGGUGACUGAGGUUUCGAUGAAGUUAUGUUUGGUUUUUGUUUGCCAGGACGUUAUUCUCUGGUCUUUAUCGAUGAAGGACAUCAAUUAGAACUAUUUUUUUAAAGUAUAAAUGCAGGAGCGAUCGAGUGGAGUACGCUCAAAAUUUCAACUUGUUACUCGGCAGACUCGGUAAACCGGCCACAUAUCAUUUCAGCGAGUAAUUUUCGUAUUUCUUAUCUUUGGCUGUUAAGAGUUUUAACUUUAUGUUGCAUAUUAUUUUAAAAGUGAGGAAUACAUAAAUAAAUACAAUGAUGGUCUAUUUAAACGGAUCCAGACUCGAAUUUCAUGAUUCCAAACAGAAGCUCUUGCUGUGUUCAGUCCUGACACAAACAUUGGUUUAAAAGUUUACCCUAGAAAAAGGUGAGCUUUAUACCACUUUCUUACCAAGAGCUCUCCGAGAUAAUGCCCUAAAGGAGACCAGGCAAAUAGCAAGCCAUAAGAUUCACACACUACAGCUUCUAAUUUUGAUAAAAUUAUUUUAUUUCGCAAUGACAAAGAAAUCAAAAGAUUUUUACUAAGCUCUGCCAACGUACCUCGAACAAUUCACUCCAAAGCGACGAAAUUAAUGUCAUCCAAAGGAAGUUGUACAACGGUACAGACAUACAUAUAUACAUAGAUAUGUAUAAAAUGACACUGACAUGAAUGAAUAAGCCUCGUGAAUGAAUCUUUCACCCGCUCUCGACUUGACCUGUUUUGUGUAAUGGCGGAGGUCUCUUCCGUUGACAAAUAGGCCAUAUAUCCGUUGCGUAUUUCUUUUUUUCUUGCCACCAAUAUCUGCUUUUACUUCUGUUUUACAGAAUUUCAGUGAGCUGGCUUUUGUUUUUGGUUUCAGUAUGAAGUUUGAGCCAACGUGUUUGCCGCUUUUCUCCAGCCAUCACCCACUUGUCGAGCUUCUGAGGCUUCGGAAACCUACAAAAUCAUCCUGUUUCCUUGAAGAUAUACGCGUCCCUUUUGAUUGCAAACAGCAAAUCAAUACUAAACAUUAAAAGCAGAAGACGUCCCACGUAAUUAUUUUGAAAAAGACGUCCAUACAAAGCAUAGUUUAGGUGGAAUCCGUGCUAAACACUCUGCAAGUUCACUGAAAGUCUUCAUUUGCAAUUUUUGUUUAUCCUCCAACGCCUCGCUUUAAUGACUAGGCGCCAGUUUUUUCGCGCGUGUCCGCCAUUUGUGAAUACGGUGUAUGAUAGCCAAUAAAAACUCGCUGGCGUUCUCAGAACAAUCCCACAGUGCAUUUCGACACAAUAUCAACCUCAGUCUCAAAGGUAGCUGAUGAACAGGUUGGCGGCUAGCCUCCCCGCAGACUUCCUUUGGGGUUCGUUUGUCACGCAUUCAUUUCUCCCCCACGGACGGACCCCAAAGGACGUCUGCGGGGAGGCUAGUUGGCGGCCGACAUUGUUUACAGUUUAGUUGAGUAGCAGUCUAGUUUACUCGGUUAAGACAUCGCGAUAAACUCCAACGGUCUUGAAACGUCGCAAACUUCGUAGUGUUUGAGCCCUUCGCAUGCGAUAUCAGCUUUCAAAAUACGGCAGAUUGGCAGGGUGGCAAAAAAAGCCAAUGAGCCAUUUAUUCUUUGUAAUAUACCGAGUUUUGAAAACAGUAUUGCUCAAAGAGUCCUAUGGUACAUCGGUUUCCACUUUUAGAGCAGGUAACUGAUUGUGCUGUACCCCUCCAAUAUUGGCGACAAAAUGAGUUGAGACACUUCGCCCUAAACUGGGCUUUUUUACGCUUUACCGACUUCAAAAGGAGGAAAUAUAGCUUUUCCUCCCUCAUCCCCUCCAUGCAAUGCAGUGCCGAUGUUCGAGCUACUUAUAGAAAACAACAAACACGCCAACUUUGAAUGGAGGGGUCAGGGGAGGGGUGCAGAUUCUUUUGUUUUCUGAAGUUACCCUAUAUGAGUACAAUGUCUCAACAAUUUUGUCGCCGAUUUAGGUUUUCGUAAAAAAGAAAUGCAUUCUUUCGGGCGCUUUCCAAAAGUCAGAACUGGCCGGCCGGGCCAGACAUUUUUGACAAUGAAAUAGCCUUUUUCAAAGAGUUUUUUUUGAAAAACCAUCUCCUUCAUGCAUACUAUUUAGGAUUUGACUGAUCUGGCUGGAUAGUUUUGAUUAAACGUGAAAUUCUCGUUACGACAAGAAUGGUCUGGCUGGUCAGUUCUGACAAAUGGAAAGCGCGCUUUUCUAAGACGCGUUUCAUUAAUAAGAAUUAUGGUGGUUUCUAUUUCCUGAAUUACUUUUGUGCUAAAACACAAUGUUUUGAGCUUAGCUUAGCUUAGCUUACAUCGUUUAAUUUUUUUUCUCCUUAGCUUUCCACAAGGCGGGACGAAGAGACCAAGCUGUGAAAGUUCUCGAACAACUCUGUCAUAACGCUGUGGUGGAACACAGGUUACUGACAUUCAAUGACUACUUCUAAAAGCUUGAAAAUCCAUGUCGAAACUCAAAAUUUUGUUCAAUCAAACACAGACAGUGUUAUGAACCAAUCAGAGGCGAGCAAGUGAAAGAUUUCUUUGGUUACUCCACCGAAAAUCGUUGAAAGUUCUGCACUGUGAUUGGCUAUUAGCAGCACUAAUUUUUAAAUAGAACAAUGUAACUGGGCAUUAUCCGUUAUCGCUGAGGCUGUAAGAAGUCAUUUGCCCUUGAAUAGGUUCUUUGUUUUUGCGCGUGACCAAAAAGGUCGUGCUCUUUUAUUACAAAAGACAAGACCUUCAAUUAGUUUUCCUUGAAUUUUUCUACAUUUGUUAUUAUUGGUACAACUACGCCACACACUCGUCCGAUUUUAUUUAAGGGAGCUGUGACACGUCUGUCUAGUUGAUUUUGUUAAUAUCGCAAAUUACGCCUCCUUAUGCGUUAUGAGACUUAACUUUAGCGAAGAAAUUACUUGUAAAUGACAAAAUCACAACUUCUUGUUCAACAAAUAUACUUCCCAAGCGUCAUAUCAAACUUUACAAACAACAAAAAUGAAUUUUGAAAAACGUAAGGCCAGGGGCGUAGCCACCUUUUCGACUAGUUGUCUGCCUCGUUCCUAGGCGUCUCAAGUGUGGAAAACGGAAAACGCGACUGCACGAGCCAUCAACGAGUAUCGUGCAAUGGACCAUGGGAACGUUUAGCGUGGACUCAAAGGACGCCGGGAAUGGUGAACGAGAAAAAUGCCUUUCCCAUAAUACCUAGCGCGGGACCAAAAUCCCAGUCGCUCUCGAAUCCGCUAGAACGCGGGUGCGCACGAGGCAGACUAGUUGUAGGCCUGGCUGACUUUCAUUUCCACAUAUCCUGAAAAUUGCACGCAUGACUAGCACGCACUGACCUCACCAACACUUUGAGCUCUUAAGCUUUUUAGCUCACCCCAACAACGCAUAAUUUAUUACAAGCGGAAAAGUAGUCAAAUCAAAAAUUUAUAGGCCCGGGCCUACAGGUCUGUGGGCUGGCUACCCCCGGGCAAGGCUAACCAGUUAUUUAAAAACCAAACAAAAAUGGAUUUCAUUUUAAUCCUUCUCAAGUUUGUCCAUAGGUGCCUUCUUUUGUAUUUGCUAUCUUAUUUAUACCUUCUCUUCACGUUCUGAGCGGUUAUUUUUUAUGUUUCACUCAAUUUGGUGCCAGUUUUUACAGUCAGAAUGUUGAUAAAUUUUGUGACACAGCUCCUUUAAUUACUCGUACAUUUACAGACCUUACUGAACCCUACUCAGCGCUUUUACUAUGGUAUAUAACUAACGUGUUGAUAAAUGUUUAUUUUUAGGUUCCAUGAUGCGGGGUAUUACUUUUGGAAGCUGUCUGUACAGUGUUUGGACCUGGUCAGCGGUGCAGGUAGCUUGGUCACUUCAAUAGCAUUUUCAUGAUUACGUCAUUCGACUACCUGACAGAAUACUUCAAAGUUUCGCUGUCGUGUGCAAAUUAGGACUUCCUCAUAUGGAUUACCAGAUUUAGAGAUGAAAGAAAAACGAAGGGGAUUCUGGUGGUAGUAGUAGUAAACUAACGCCUUCGUGUGAAUGGCCUAUCACUGGAGAUUUUAAUGGGGCUAUUUCACUUGAUCAUCGUUGGCUUUCGGUUGUGUUGCAUAUGGUCGUUCUUGGCGUAUCUGCACAAUUCAUGGUGUAGAGAAAGUCAGUGCAAUUUUCUAUCAAUCAAAACCACAGAAAGCGAGCUGAAGACGUUUUAUUUGACUAGUCCCACGGCGUGAUGUUAUCCACAGUCAAAAGCCAGAACGAUCUUGUUCACAGCAGCAAACAACGACACAAGGAAAUACUCAUUUGUAGCUUUUAUUUAAACUUUUUACUUGUUAACUCUUUGUUCUUGUUGUUAAUUUUUCUUACAGACAAUCCUCAGGGCGAAGCCGAUUACGAAAUGUUGGACAAGUUCCAUGAAUACCAGGAAAAAGCAGAAAUUUAUCAUCUUUAUCAUUCCAUUCAGAGAUACACGGUAUAUCUAUUUUUCCCCACUGCUUUCACCAUUAUCCAACUUUUAUUUGUUUGGUUUUCACCCUCGUUAAUUGAGUUAUCUAUUUAUCAGGCCAGGUUUCACAAAGACGAAAUGUAGUCCUCUUACAACACGCGAAAAUGCAGAUUCAAUGCUCGCUAAAACGAUAAUUCAAAGGAACGGUCAUUCAGUAGAAUCAGAAUAGCUUAGGAAGGAAUAGCAAGGGUGUCGUAUUUAUUGUCCUUCGUAAGAAAAUGCUUUUGUGAGCCGCUACCCGCGGAAAAUAAGAUAAACAUGAAAAACCCAGAACAAAAAAACAGCGAAAAAGACAUGCAAAAACAGAGAAUAUGCUUGGCUGUAAUUCUGUAAUCUUGGUAAGCCUGUGCCUACCCCAGUAACCUUCGUCUGUGAUUAUCUUUACAGGACGAGCCAUUCACAUCUCAUAUGCCGGAGACACUGUUUAACAUCGCUCGCUACCUGUUGCAUAUGCUGGUGAAAGACAUCCCAUCUGGAGUUUCGCGAGUGUAUCCUUUAUGCAUCAUAUUCAUUAAUAUUUUUGUCCAAUCGCAAAGGCACAAGGCAAUUAAAGAAACCCUCAGUCCUAAUCUCCAGAUUGCUUUGACACUAAGACUGCAUGUAACGCAAUCUGGUCACGCGCGUUUUGACCUUCUAUCACAAAGUACAGCGUAGAAGGAAGUGCUUUUGCCCAGGGGGGACUCCCAUAUAAAACUAACGGCGAUGCUCGUCAUCUCGCUUUGGGGUGUAAAUUGCAGAUUUUGGUCUCACUUAGGGUGUUUGGGAUGCAAAGUCACUAUAUUUGCCCAUUCAGGUAUCGCUUAGUACUGUGCAUAAAUUAAAGAAAUAUACAAAAAAUGCCCUGGCACUGACCGCACAGAAAUCUCCCGUAGGGGUCAGUUUAAGCUUGAGCCACACCCACAUUGAUCUCCGUUAGGGGUUAAUUUGAAUUUUCCGACGAGCAUCCCCGUCACUUUUAUAUGGGAUUCCCCCCCCCCCGGGAUGGGGGGGCUUUUGCAUCGAUCUCGCCUGCAUUCCCUAACCUUUGGUUAUUACUAGAAAAAAUACCUUAACUUUUAUUAGUUCGACGUUGUUUGCACUUGCCAAACAAAGCAAGAAUCUUGGAGCGUAUAAGAUGGCCCGCACAGCUUACGACAAACUACAGGUAUGUGAAUCCUCUCACGCAAAAAGAGCCAAAAAUCAGCAAAAAGCCCAAAUUCAUUUUCGUGAGGAAGUGAAAAAAAUAGCACUUUGUGAAAGUACAAAGCUAAGUUAUUUUACUUUUUUUUCUCGUUUUAUCUUUGCAGUCACUGAAGAUCCCUCAGCGUUUUCAAGAAUCCAUUGACCUAGGAAGUGUCACCAUUCGUUCAAAACCCUUCCAUGACAACGAGGUGUGUUCAAAAAAAUUCGGAAAAUAUAGAUGGCACUCCUUUGGCUUUGAGAAAGAAGAUCAGUCAGGAUUCUGAGAAACUACCCAGCAACCCCUUGACAACAUUUUACCCUUUAGAGAAGCUAGUAUUUAUUUAUUUAUUUAUUUAAGUUGCGUGUACAUUUAGUUCUUUUAAUAACGUCUUAGUUUUGCUUUGCGUUAUUGUCCUCACUUAUAUGUGUUGUCUGCGACUGUGCUCACACGGUGGGUGGCUCCUCCUAAAAUGGUCUGCAGUUGGUAUAGGAUUUAAUGGAGCCGAAACCAAUUGUGGAAUUACACGCAUUUUAGGCAUCCUACUGAUGAACAGUUGGAACACGUAGAUAUAUUUUUUAGCAACUACUAUAACUUGCAGUCUGUCUACUUUGAAUUGAUUAGUUUAGGGGAGGAGAAGGUUAGUUGGUUUCCCAGGAUCUGAUACUGACCGGAAAGAACAAUAAGUUAGUGAACGCAGCGUUUUUUCUUAAACGUUCCGGAGGAUUUCCUUCGUAGGCUGUUCCAGGGGUUCAGUAGUGAAGAGCGGAGGAACCUUCCCCUCACUUAUCGUGCGCCGUCCCCACUAAACUGAACGCCUGAAACAGGCUAUUUUCUUAAGGAGGGACACAUGGAGGUUGCGUUUGAAGCUGGCUUGGUGUUGUGUAAAAUUACACCUUACCUCACCCCCAUUUUUAGAGGUGGGGGGUGGGUGUGGAAGAAUUUUGAUCGAGUUUCCUGCGCGACUUCAUAAAAGUCAAUGAAAGAAGUCAUAGUGUCCUUCAGAUUUAGUGAGGGAAGUGCACGCGCGCUUGAGUUUCGAGCGGUGAAACCGCGAGUCGCGAGAAACGAGGACGGCAGCCUCUCCCGCCUCACGCUUUCCAGUCUCCUCUUGGACUAAAAAAAAGGGAGACUACCCAUAGUCUAUCCCAUAGUGCAAUUCCACCCAACUCGGACCCAGUCUGACGCUCGAUCUCCAAAUGGUUGGAUGAAUGGUGGUAAGGGUUUUAAAGUGUUGGCUCUCGCAGUGAAAAGCGUUGUUUGUUGUAGGAGCUGCUUCCUCUGUGCUAUCGAUGUUCCACGACGAACCCUCUUUUGAACAACAAAGGGAAUCAAUGUAUCAACUGCAGACAGCCGUUUGUCUACUCCUUCUCUUCCUUUGGUAGGUUUUAUUCCAUUAUGCCUUAUAAGAGGGCUUUUAUUUGUUGUGAUCGAAGAAGAGCUCAGCAAAAUUUGUACCGCUCCCUUUCUUACCCCCUCACACAAGCACAAGCAUUAAUAACCCCCGUCCCCUAGAAGGCUACCCAAAAUAACCAUCAUAAUGGCGUAGCUCACUAUGACCUCCUUCUAGCUCACUUGUUAAGCGCCCAGCCAUUAUUGUGGGGUGUUUGGGUUCAAACCCGUAAGCCUCACAUGUACAAGUUCUUAGCUCAAGAACGCGCGACGAAGCCCUAAAAAUGUCGGCGUGGGAGGUUAGAAACCUGUCGAUGAUUCAGGUGGUUUCUUUAUCCCACGUAAAUGACAAGGCGAACUUUACAUCUGCCUUUCCCUAUCUGUAAGUCUCAUUUAAACAAACCGCGAUUCACCCAAUUAUGGUUUCUUGAUUGUUUCUUUCUUCUCCAAACUCUUUUGUUUUCAUUAUCAGAGGUCCUUCCGUUGGUCGAGUUUGUCUUGGAAGAUGGUAUCAGGUAAAAAUACAAUUUAUUCGUAAUUUCUUUCCGUUGUGAUGAGGCCAUUCUUUAAGUCAAUUUUCCCUUUAAUCCAUUUUCAUCAUUCCCUUUUUUUCAGUGACGAGGAAGCUUUAAAACUGAUUGCAAUAGACUCUUUAAGAAGUCAAAAGAAGAAGCGAGGUUCAAACUGGCAGGAAAGAGAUAUGGGAAGUAUCCUUUUAAAAGGACGAAUGGAAUAAAAAAGAAAAUAGGUCAACUCAAGAGAUUCGAUUAUGCGGCAUCCUUUUUGCCCCUUACGCCUCCGGCUAUAUCCAUAGGCAAAUUAUCUUGGAGAGUAUAAGAUGGCGCGCACAGCUUACGACAAACCACAGGUAUGAGAACCCUCUCUCUCAAACUGAACCAAAAAUCAGCAAAAAACAUAAAGUCAUUUUCGUGAGGUAGUGAAAUCAAUAGCACUUUGUGAAAUUACAAAGCCAGGUGACUUUUAAAUUAUCUUGGCGAUCUUUGUUCAUUUCCUUCCAGAAUUUGAUAAAAGAUCAAAGCAUUUUCCCUUUGGUAAUCAUUUUAUUAAUAAUUCUUAUAACCUUUUCUUGAUUAUGUACGCGUAGUGAUGUGGUUAGGAGAAAAUUGAUGUUGAUCCCUCUUGGGACUUAAAGAGUUAACGGACACCUUGAUCUAGUCCCUGCCUUUCCUUGGCUCUUUAUCUACACCAAAUUCAGCUUACUUUGCAGAAAAUGGUAACUUAUCACUUCCAGUGUUAUCUACCGUACGCGUGCGCAAAAUCAAACGCAACGGUCCUCUUCUCAGCCAUUUAUACUGUGGUGUUUUAUUACAUAACGUACUCCUUGACCGCUGACUAGAUUUCCAGUCCCUGCAGCUGACAGAGGAGCCCCCGGAAGAUGAAGAAGAAGAUCCCUUUACUGCGAAGCUGAUGAGUUUUGAGGUGAGAUUACAAUUACUGACUUGCCGCAUUGUGGGUUUAUUGAACUCGUCUGUGCAUGUAGAACGAAUUUCAAAACUUGGUUUGGGUGAGAAAAAUCUUUUCCAUAGUUCCCUGGCCUUUCGAGGGCUCGUUUCUCAAAAGGUCUGGUAAGUGUUCGGGCUCGAAGGCAAGGUUUGUAAGCACAGUUUGUUGCUUACAAAGUGUGUAUGGUUGUGAGGUUACGAGUGAGGCUAGGUCUAUGUUGUGCCGAAGUGCACCAUGAGACUGUUUUUGGGGUUGCUAUCUCUUAUUUUAUUGGCUAUUACCAAGUUGCGCUGGAAACUGGGACAAAAUUCGUGCCCCAAAAUAGUCCCACAAUGCAAUUCGACACAACACGGCCUCAGUCUUAAGCAGAACCCCCAAGAGCCCAAUUAGCUGUAGCCUGCGUAGUAGGCGCUUGGAAGUAGUGGGCGCAAGAAAAAACGGGCGCGCAAGAAGGAGACAGCCUCACCCUUCGCGUGUCUCCCUCGCGCUCGCCCGUUCUCUCUUGCACCCACUACUUCCAAGCGCCAGCUACGCAGGGUAAAUUAGUUGACUUUUUGUUUUUUUACAGCAAGGUGGAUCCGAAUUUGUCGCAGUCCGCGUCGGUCGUUCAACACUUCAGUCCAUGAAUAGCCGCGAGGUGCUGGUAAAGAAGUGGCCUUCUCCUCUGAAGUACCAAUACUAUAGAUCACUGCUGCCCGAUGUGUCAAUCACUCUGUGUUCGUCGUGUAAUCGAGUGAGUUUCAGUCCGUUUUCCGUCCUUAGGGCUAUCUUAAAAUGACUAUCAAAGAACACGUGCGCAUCACGUCUGGAACGCGUGGUGAAGUCCUAAGGACGUCUGCGUGGGAGGCUGGGAAACCGGUGAUUAGUGGGAUGUUUCAGUUGCUAACUAAGCGCAGGAAAACAUCUGGCGGGUGGCUAGCAUGGGAGAAUUUGUAGCCGGCACAACACGCGGGAAAACAUGUAACCGUUGUCAAAUGCGCGAAGAAGAAUGAUGAACGUCCUGUUUGUCGGAUGAAGAAGGCAGUAUGUUUGCUGUUACUUAACACGUUGAUUGACUGAAAAACAGCUCAUUACGUAAAACUGAAGCAAAGGCCACACUCUGUGCUCGUCGUGUAACCGGCUCAGUUUCAGUCAAUCUUCCGUUAUUAGGGCUAUCUUAAAACAUGUAGUCUGCGUUGCAGCCGGCCCACGCACCUCGUCUAAACUACGUCACAACAGUAUCACGUGACAUUUUUGGCCGCGCGAUGCCGGGGACAUACUUUAGAGCCGAAAGCGCGUAUUUCAAACGCGAAAAUGAUGACUCCAGAGACAUUUUGACCGCAUUUAAAGAUCGGAGACGUUUUCUAGACAUAUCAAACUACGGGAAACAGAAAAAAAAAAAUUUCGUGUCAUAUGCACUUUAAGCGUCUGCGACACAGGCAAAAAACGUGAUGACCAUCAAAGAGCCCGUGCCCACCACAUGUGGAACUCGUGACAAAGCCUUGAAAAUGUCUGCAUGGGAGGCUGUGAAACCAGUGACUUGUGGGAAAUUUCAGUUGCUAAGCGCGGAAACAUUUGACGGGUGAUAAGCGCGGGAAAAUUCAGUUGCAACCUGUAGAAAACGCGAAUUAACACGUCAGUGAACUUUGCCCACUUUGCCAAAAGCGAGAAGACGGUUGUCAGAUGGAGAGGAUAGUAUGUUUGCUAUUAUUUGCCCCGUUGAUCGAGCGAAAUAGCACUCAUUACGCUAAACUGUAGCAAAAACCUCAUAGUUGAAAAAUACAAAUUCUGGGCGCUUUCCAUUCAACCAAAACGUCCGGUUUGAAUUUUCAGCAACUUCCAGUGGCGAAAAAAACAGCAUUUCCCAAAAUUUCCAAAAAAGAGGACAACCUCGCGAGGUAUACCCAAAUUUUUGAAAACAUUUUCACGGAAGUUUUCUUGCCAUUCAACUGUGCUCCCGGAAUUUCUAGAAUCUUCGAUUGAAUGGUUUGCAUUUCGCAAAUUAAACAGUUUCCGGAAUGUCUGGAAACUUUUCGGGAAAUUUCUCUACCAUUUACCGCUGUUUCCAAAUUUUGAAAGUUUUGGGUAAAUGGAAAGCGCCCUCCAAGUCAGAGAUUUCGUUCACGAUUUCAAAUCCCUGAUCGUGGUAGUCGAUGCCAUGUCAGUUUCCGAUCAACUAGUGGCGACGUUCGUGGAGAUUCCGCCAUUAACGUUAAAGCCACGAAAUGAACCGGAGGGUCAGUUAGUGCUUUGUUGUAAUGAUAAUUACUUUCUCUUUCAGUUAUUCCACACCGAUGACUACGAGCUUCUGGUUCUACAGAAAAACUGCUGUCCCUUUUGCCGAAAACCUGCGCAACAUCUUUAACACGUGACUUUUGAAGAUCCCAUGUUCUGAUAUCGCAUGAUCUUAUGGACCCAGAUGAUGUCACAAGCGCGUGAUACGGAGUCGGUUACCAAUUACUUGGCCCUCUCAGAGGCUUCCAAGUAACAGACCUUGCUUGUUCACCGUUGUUGGUCUGAUUGAACUCUGCUUGAAAGGCUCUUUGAAAGUAAAAAUAUCUUCCGUCAAUUCUCUCCCACGUUUCACACAGUACGUUUUGUAUUCGUCUUUCUUGGCAGUCGACAAAGAAACUGGUCCCUUUGUGUUUUCGUAAUAUAGGAUUGAACCGCAGAUUAGGAAUCGUUCAAU